CCCCACUGGAAGCCAUUUUGUUUUUCAGGGCUCUUUGCAAGGGUAGCUGGGUCGAAUCUGCACGGAGGCAGCACCGGUCGUCACCGCAGUUCCAUCUUCUUCUCCGCGAUGUUGCCCUUAGCCAAAAACGCACUAAGCCGUCUCCAAGUUCAAAGCAUUCAGCAAGUGGUGGCAAGACACAGCCAUCAGAAACGGGCACCUAAUUUCCACGACAAAUAUGGAAAUGCUAUAUUAGUGGCUGGAGGCCUCUUCUGUAUUUCUGCAUGGACAUAUACAGCAACACAAAUUGGAAUAGCAUGGAACCUGUCACCUGUUGGCAGAGUCACCCCCAAGGAAUGGAGAGAUCAAUAGUCAUGCCAGCUGGUGCAAUAAUCAAGGAAUUGUUUCAAAACCAAUCUAUAAGUGAUGCCAAGUCAAAGAAUCAUGUAUUCACUAAAAUAUGGCAUAUUGAAGAAAAAAUAAAGUACCUUUGAAACCUUCA